AUGAAACUCUUUCUCGAUAUAUUCACUGGUGACGAAUUAUUCAGCGAUUCAUAUCCAUUGAAGCUUGUUGAUGAUGUUUACUACGAAGUCGAAGGCAAAAAUAUCACUGAAAGCAACGAUAUCGAUGAAUCAUUAAUCGGUGGAAACAAAGCACCGGAAGGUAGUGAAGCCGCUGGUGAAGAAGGUGGUGUCGUCUCAUCAUCUGUAACCGGUAUCAAUGUUGUUUUAACACACAAAUUACAAGAAACACCAUUCGACAAGGCAAGUUUCAAGGAUUGGUUAAAAACAUACUCAAAAAAACUUAAGGAUUACCUUCAAGAAAAUUCACCAAACCGUGUUCAACCAUUUCAAACUGGUAUGACCAAAUUGGCCAAAGAUAUCCUCGGUAAAUUUGAUGAAUAUCGUUUUUAUCUCGGUGAAAACAUGAAUAUCGAUGGCAUGGUUGUCCUUCAAUACUAUCGUGAAGACGGUCUUACGCCCGUGUUUAUCUACUUCAAAGAUGGCCUUCGUGAAGAAAAAUACUGA